AGUUUGUCGGUUAAAACCCGGGACACCCUGUAUAUAUUAUACUUAUUAAUCUAGGUUUAUUUUUGCUGAACAAUAUAGAAAAGAUGAACGUUUCUCGAAAUUAUAUUAUUUAACAUUAAAAAUUGACUAAAAAUAUAUAUAGCUUCAUCUAACAAGUGAUCAUUUAGAAAUGUAUUUUUUAUUAACUUUCUCAGCAAAUAAUGAAUAAUUACGUAUAUUAAAAACGUAUAUUAAAAAGAAUUAAUUUCUUUCAUGUCGCGUCGAUCCAUUGUCAUGUCCGAAUAGCGCCGUCACGCUUCGCUACGAUCUUCAGUAAAAGCCAAUGGUUUCGAGAUUUUUGGGAAAAAAUCUUCCGUGACACGAUCUAAAGCGAAAUCGAUUGUUACUCCAACGAGACGGACGGUCGCAUGCGUGGUGUUCCCUGGCAUUUCAUCGCAGGAGUGCCCAAUCUUAUGCAUAGAGAAGCGAUUGGUUCACGUCGUUUUUGUUGCUCUCGCACAGAGGACCGUUCUAUAUAUCUACUAAAUAACGGUGGCGAAAUUCCGGCGAAAAUGGAUGCUGCUGGGCACUAUAUAAACUUCCAUCGAUAUCGACAAGCGUAUCAUUCGUAUUUAGGAAUCUCGAAACAUCGGAAACAUGGCUGCAAAGGUUUGUCUCUCGGCAAAGAUAUUUCAUUUUGUUGCGUCUCUAUUAAUUACACACGCAAUUAAUAUAUAGUUUGAUUAUAGUAUUUGUAAUAAUGUUUAGUUAUAGUAAUGUAUAUAUAGUUGCACAAUAUAUUGUAUAGCUACGAGUAAUAAUUAAUAAAUAUAAGUUUGUGAAUAAUAUCUCGUAAAUAAUUCUUUAACACCUUAAAACAUAUAUUCUAUACACGGAAAAUAAAAAAGAAGAAAAGAAAAGAGAAUAUUUAAAUCAUUUUUCAACUAUUUGUAGCAGAACGGGUUUACUUUCUGCAUCUUCACUAUAUUUAAUAAUUAUUGCAUUCUAUGUAUUUUGUCACCAUCACAUACUGCGACAAAAUUUUCCAUCAGACUGAAACAUAACUUAGCACAAUUCGCUCGUAAGUCACGAAAUGGAGGGCACUCGCCUGCAAUCGAUCGUAGAAAAACGCUUCUGCUCUAAGAUAGCAGAAUUGCUUUGGUGUUCCGAGUGCUCACUUCCGUGAAAGUCUAUGUAAAUGGUAACAAUUUGUCGGCAGCUUGUCCCGCUAUUGGCUGUAUCGGCCCUCGUAGCGGUCCAAAGUGGAUUGGCAGGGCACGCUCACAGCUUCGCGCACUUUCAUGGUCCGGUGGAAGGGCCCGGACACGAAGCAGUUGUCCACGAUAAGCACGGCCAUCAUCAAGUGGACUACGUGGCGCAUCCCAAGUACGAGUUCGCGUAUGGCGUCGAGGAUCAUCACACGGGCGAUUACCAUGGGCAGAAGGAACAUAGGGAUGGGAAAAACGUUGUCGGCGAAUACACCGUCAAAGAGCCCGGCGGCAACACCAGGACCGUGACUUACCACGCUGAUCCACAUGGAGGAUUUUUUGCCCGCGUCCACAAUUCGGGCGGUAAUGAUCAUCAGGGUGGUACGUACGGCGGUCAGGGUCAGCACCAUGAAGAGCAUCAGUGAUGACGAUCUGGAGGCUUUGAAGAGAUGUACCGAGAUAAUCGACGAUUAAAUGUUAAUCCUGGAUUGUUGGUUUGUACUCGUUUUGUAUUAUAGAUAUGUGUUUUGAAUAAAAAUGUGCUAUUUACGAGU